AGCAAUAUGAAAAUAUUUCAAUUUGGUUUAAUUUCCAUCCUGUGUGCCUUGCGUGCGUUUUCUGGCUUAAAAGUUGAUCAUGUCAUCGAAUUGGUUGUUGAUGUUGUAAAAUCUACGGAUAAGGCGACGUCUGUGAUCGCACAUGUUUGUUGGAGGUCGUCCAAACAAAUCAAAAUGAUGACUCGCCUGAUGAGUUUAUAUAAUCCAAAAACUGUUCAAUUUGUCAACAAAUAUUGGAUUGCUACUGAACCAAUGUUUCAAGAACGCGUUUUGGUGAUAACGGAUCUGAAUUGUCCGGAGACCAAAGAAUUUCUUGAAAAGGCGAGUUCUACGAAAAAAUUUGCUUUGCCAUACCGAUGGCUGAUUAUCGGAAAACCCAUCAAUGAAAGCAGUGCCGCCGCAGUAAGCAUAGAAAUUGACAGUUUAAAUUUUCUUACUGAUUCUGAUGUGGUGUUAGCUCAGAUGAAAGAUGACGACUCGUUUAUUCUAAGAAUGGCUUAUAAAAUGAAACCUAACAGCACAUGGAUAACAGAAAAAUUUGGUACGUGGUCUCCCCAGGACGGACUUAAGAAGACUGAAUUAACUCACUCUUCUAUUUCUACACGGAGAAAGAAUUUCGAUGGAGCACCCAUUAAAACUGCUAUGGUCAUUCUCGACAACAAAACGAGAUCGGAUCCAUACGAUCUAACUGACAUUCUUGCCGACACUGUAACAAAGAGUAGCUUUCGGUCCACUGAUCCAAUAUAUGGAUAUUUGAAUGCGACUAAGAGUUUUAUAUUCAGCGAAACCUGGGGAUAUUACAAAAACGGUACCUAUGGAGGUAUGGUGGCGGAGUUAACAGUUGGGGACGCUGAACUUGCAGGUACUGUUCUCAUCGCUACUCAAGACCGAAUGGAAGUAGUGGAUUUCUUGUCGUGCCCGAUACCAAUAUCAGUAAAGUUUGUGUUCCGAGAGCCGCCGCUGUCCUACCAAAACAAUUUGUUCCUUCUACCCUUUAAGACUUCAGUUUGGUACUGCAUGGGAGCGUUCGUGCUAGUUUUGACGUUGAUUCUAUACAUCAAUGCCCUCUGGGAACAUAAGAAACUAGAGAAAAAUAAAAUGAAUGAGAUGGAUCCCACUGCCCUAAAACCUAAUAUCAGUGAAAUUGUGAUAUUAGUGUUAAGUGCAGUAUCACAGCAGGGAAGUUACACCGAAUUGAAGGGAACUCUUGGCCGCAUAGUGAUGUUCAUCCUGUUUCUGGCUUUUCUUCUUUUGUACUCUGCAUAUUCAGCCAGCAUAGUAGCUUUGCUGCAGUCGAGCUCCAACCAAAUACGCACCUUGUCUGAUUUACUCAAUUCUAGGCUUGAACUGGGAGUAGAGGACACGCCAUAUAAUAGAUACUUUUUCGGGAUUGCUUCCGAGCCUAUCCGCAAAGCAAUUUACCAAACCAAAAUAGCACCAGAGGGAAGAAAAGCAAGAUUCAUGAGCAUUGAACAAGGCGUUAAGAAAUUACAGAAAGAGCCAUUUGCAUUUAACAUGAAUAAAGGCAUUGGCUACAGAUUGGUGGAACGUUACUUUCACGAACAUGAAAAAUGUGGACUUCAGGAGAUCGCUUACUUGGACGACACCAAAACGUACAUUACUUGUCGAAAACACUCUCCUUACAAAGAAAUGUUCAAAAUCGGAUUGUUCAGAAUAAAGGAGCACGGUUUGAGCGACCGCGAGGAUCGCCUCAUAUAUGCGCGCAAGCCGGCUUGCCACGCGCGUGGUGGCAGCUUCGGCUCCGUCAACAUGGUGGACUUUCACCCGGUGCUGGUUAUGUACCUCUAUGGAAUCAUGCUGGCGUUUCUGCUUCUCGCAAUAGAGAUAUUGGCUCAUCGCAAAAUUGAUUUUCAGCGUUGA